CCUUGUCAAUUCGUGAUCUUUGUGAAACUAUAGUAGAAAGAUUAAAAAUUAAUUAUGGCGAUCCUUUACUUUCUGAUAUUAAUAUUCCAUCCAAUGAAUGGAUUCGUCUUCAAUUUUGCCCUACGAAUGCUACCACAAUGUGGGCUGCAUAUUAUACUAAUGAUAAGUAUAAAGUUCUUAUCGGGGAAGAUGUUGCAGUUUUUACAGGUAUACGAAAUCGACAUUCAAUAGUUAGACAAGAAA